CGCGCGCGUACUGCACGUACAUAUUGUCGGGGUGCCUUUUUAUCGAUUCUGUGCCCCCUCUUGCCUCGCGCCAAACACCAAGUACCUAAUCGAACUUCCCCCCCCUUCCCGCCCCAGUUCGGUCCCUCGUCUGGGGUUUUGCACCACGACGACCGGAGCAUUUGGCCCAAAGUAUUGUAUCACCGCCGCUGCGUCUUUGGUGUCACCACACCGCAGAGCUGCCCAUUCGCCUCUAUAACCAGUCUGGCGCUCCAUUUACUCGUCCUCUGUAUCCUCCAGCCGUCCAGGGGCAGGCUUCAGGGUGCCGUCAGACGUUGGUUUGUCGUCAUUCUCCAUCGUCAGGUCCUCGAUAUCGUUCCCACCCCCCGGUCCCUUCCCGCCAUCGGCCAAGCCAUUGCAUCUCUUGGCCUCGAGGAUCCGCGCAGCCGCCGCAUCUCUCGGCAUCUCUUAUCCGGGGACUCCAGCGUGCUUUCCUGAAAACUGCCUAGAGGCCAAGUCGGGACCCCAGCGUCCUGCGUCUCCUCGUGGCGGAAGCGCGCCUAGUAGUUCGGACGGCAAGGCGACCUGACCAUCAAGGUUACCCAACCCGUCACGUUAUUCACGACCACCUCGUACCUUCGGGUAUAAUCACCCGACACAUCUCCGGCCCUGUUGGCUGCUUCCCUCGUUGUUGUUAUAUAUCAGCUGCACUGCGCGCGCCGCUUCAGCUCAGCUCAAAACGCCAACGCUCCCUGCCGCAUCCAUCCAGGGAAGUCGCCUUCGACGACGCAACCUUUGGUCCGGGAGCCGACGACAGCGUUGUCUGGAGGCCCAUCAUCAGUAACGCGCGCCUUGACGAGGAAAAUCAUCAUCAACAACAUACCCUCGACACCUCGGCACUCCUUUUUCAUCAGCAGACCCUUCAGUCAUCGCCAUGGCCGAAGAGGACCCCCAGAACACCUGCGAUGGCGAGCCCGUCGACCUCGGGCGCCAGGACUUGCGCAUCGGUGCCAUCUUCAUCAUUCUCGUCGCCUCCCUCUUCGGCGCGCUCGCUCCCGUCCUGUUGCAGCGCCAGACCAAGAUGCACGUCCCCAAGUUCACCUUUUUCAUCUGCAAGUACUUUGGUACCGGCGUCAUCAUAGCCACCGCAUGGAUGCAUCUGCUCGACCCGGCCAUUGACCAGCUCGGCGACCCCUGCGUCACGGAGCGCUGGCUGGGCGACUACCCCUGGGCCCUCGUCAUCGGCCUCAUGACCGUCAUGGUCAUGUUCUUUGUCGAGUUGAUGGCCUCUCACUACAGCAACGACGAUGACCACUCGCACGGCGGCGCCUCCGACUCGGAGACGGACCCCACCAACGAGAUCCUGGCCCUUAAGAAACCCCCCAAGAACGCGAACCCUCAGACGCAGGCUUGCCCUCAUGUGGACGACAUCGAGACUGGUCGCGGCACCUCCAUCCCCGGACCCCCUGACGAUGUGAGCUAUCCUCCGGGCGGCGAGGACCACAUGGGCCACCGCCGCGACCACAAGGACGGCGACACGGGCGGCAUCGUCGGCCAGCUCACCGCCAUCUUCAUCCUCGAGUUCGGCGUCGUCUUCCACAGCAUCUUCAUCGGCCUCACCCUCGGCACGACGGGCACCGACGAGCUCGUCGUCCUGCUCAUUGUCCUCGUCUUCCACCAGAUGUUCGAGGGUCUCGGUCUGGGCUCCCGGCUCGCCGUCGCUCCCUGGCCUAAGAACAGGCAAUGGGUGCCGUACUUGCUGGCGCUGGGCUUUGCUAUCGCGACCCCCGUCGGUGUUGCCGCCGGAAUCGGCGCCAAGCCUAACAACGCAGCCACGCAGAAGCUCGUCAACGGCAUCUUCGACUCUGUCAGUGCGGGCAUUCUCAUGUACACAGGUCUGGUGGAGCUUCUGGCCCACGAGUUCAUGUUCAACCCGCACAUGCGCCGCGCGCCGCUCAAGAUUCAGUUGUUUGCCUUUGGCUGCGUCGCUCUUGGCGUGGCCCUCAUGUCGCUCCUUGCCAAGUGGGCGUAGACGGCGGGAGUGAAGCGAUUUCAAAAGCGAUGUGAGAGGGCUGCACGUGAUGGGUUCUCGACUGGAUACUCAUACCCGGCGUCUGUACUUGAUUGAUACCUGCUUGAGAUAGAGCGCUGGAGCGCAUCAUGCUUAAUAUGAAUUCACUAAGCGAUCAA